AAUGCAUCCUAUAUCUUCUUCGUGGAAGCCUAGAAAACGAGGCUUUCGAAGAGGAACGUGUUUUACGAAGACGAAUACUUCCAACUCAAGAUACGAAAAUACAGGAAAUGCCUGGCGAAUCUCAGUGUAGCUCAAUCAACCCCAUCGCCCCUUGAGACUUGGAGACGCUGCUCAGUUGAAGGUUUCGCGUUUGACUGGAAGGGUAGAAGAAUCCAAGCUCCAACUGUAGAGAGUGGGGAACGAAACAUGUUCUUCAGAGUGGAGCAGUUCACCAUUACCGUCGUAUUCGCUCUGCUGCAGUGUUUGUUGUCUUUUAAUGUUGAUGAGAAAAAUGGCAUGACAUUCAGCGGACCAGUGGAUGACAUGUUCGGAUAUUCUGUACAGCAGUUCGAGAACAAUGAAGGGAAGUGGGUACUAAUCGGGUCUCCGUUGGUUGGCCAGCCUGCAAAACGGACAGGGGAUGUCUACAAAUGCCCUGUAGGCAAGGAAAGCAAUCCAAAAUGCAUAAAGCUGGAGCUGCCUGAGAACAUAACAAUUGCCAACAUAAAUGAAGUCAAGGAAAACAUGACCCUGGGAACGACUCUGGUUACAAUCCCAAAUGGAGGCUUUCUGGCCUGUGGACCACUCUACGGCUACAUGUGUGGAAAAGAGCAGUACACCACCGGCAUAUGCUCAAACGUCAGCUCCUCUUUUGAGGUCCUUAACAACAUCGCGCCGUCUGUGAAAGCGUGUGGCAAAGAGCUUGACAUUGUGAUUGUCCUUGAUGGCUCAAACAGCAUCUUUCCUUGGACCAGUGUCAUUGAUUUCUUGGUCAAAUUGCUUGAGAGAAUGACUAUUGGACCAAAGUUGUUCCAGGUCGGAAUUGUGUCCUACGGGGACGACGUCGGCCACGUGUUCAACCUCAGCCAGUUCAGCAACACAAAGGACCUGGUGGAAAAUGCCAGAAAGAUUCCUCAGAGAAGGGGGUCAAAGACAAUGACUGCACUUGGAAUUGACACAGCAAGAGAAGAGGCGUUCACUGAGGAGAGGGGAGCACGGCGCGGGGUCAAGAAGGUGAUGGUGAUCGUCACUGAUGGAGAGUCCCAUGAUAACUACCGACUCAAGGAUGUUAUCGACAAGUGUGAGAGCGAUGGGAUUGAAAGGUUUUCAAUCGCUGUACUGGGAUAUUACAACAGAGAAAACAUGAGCCUUGAUAAGGUGAAUAUGUUUAUAGAUGAGAUCAAAUCAAUAGCAAGCAAGGCUACUGAGCACCAUUUCUUCAAUGUCUCCAGUGAGCUGGCACUCUCCAGCAUUGUUGACACGUUGGGGACCAGGAUAUUUGCACUAGAAGCCACCUCGGGUAAUGGCACUGUGUCAUUUGCAAUGGAAAUGUCUCAAUCUGGAUUCAGUGUUCAUGCUUCCAAAGAAGGACUCAUGCUCGGAGCGGUUGGAGCGUAUGACUGGAAUGGAACUGUGGUGAUGCAUGUGGGGCAGAAGGAUAUAGUUCCAGAUAAAAGUACAUUUCACAACCCUUUAGUCGAGAGGUAUGAAGGCCUGGCUGGAUACGUUGGUUAUGACGUACAGUCAGCAUCAACACCAAACGGAGUAUUAUACAUCGCUGGAGCGCCAAGAUACAACCACACUGGUCGAGUCACUGUGUACCGACUCGAUGGACUGAACAUUACCAUCCUACAGUCACUGGAAGGAGAACAGAUUGGCUCGUACUAUGGCAGCGUCCUUCAAACUGUCGAUAUCGACAAUGACUCAUUCACAGACAUCGUCCUGGUCGGGGCACCAAUGUACAUGGGCCCAGAAAGAGAUGAACAAGGUCAAGUCUAUGUCUACAGAGUUCAUGAGAAUGGAACAUUCCAGCAUGAGAUGACCCUGAAGCCCGACACGCAGACAUGCUGCACUGCCCACUCCCACUCCCACAGUUCCUGUAAGACUGUCAAUAAGAACGAACCCUGUGGAGCACGAUUUGGAACCGCCAUCGCUGCCGUUACAGACCUGAAUUUAGAUGGCUAUGGUGAUGUGGUGAUUGGAGCACCCUUUGAGAAUGACCAUCGGGGGGCAGUAUACAUCUACCAUGGAGAGGGAAAAUCUUUAAAGAAGAAGUAUGUGCAGCGAAUUGCAUCAGGUGGUGAUGGAGAGAAGAUGAAGUUCUUUGGACAGUCAAUCCAUGGAAUCAUGGAUUUAAAUGGAGAUGGGAUUACUGAUGUCACAAUUGGAGGUCUUGGGGGUGCUUCCCUCUUUUGGUCUCGGGAUGUUGCUGAACUAAGAGCAGAAAUGGUGUUUGAGCCAACGAAGAUAAACAUGCAACAAGCACAAUGUAAAAUCGGGGAAAGGAAUACAUUUUGUGUGAAAGCUAAAGUUUGCUUUAAUUACUUGGUUAAAUCUGAUCAGGAGCCAAAAUCACACGCUGACAUUAAAUACUCGCUGACAAUAGAUGCCCAAAGGGCAGCAUCAAGGGGGCUCUUUGUCAACAUCACAGACAGGAAGUUGCUGGCAAACGCUACUAUCCAGGAGAACUUAUGCCGAGAGCAUGACUUCUACAUGUUGGACAAACUGGACUUCAGAAAUCCUAUCGUGGUGUCUCUUGUGUUUGGUUUAGCUAAUGAAGACAAGGGUCCAGUCUUGGAUGGGGAUUUACCCACCUCCCUCAAUAAAACUAUUCUUCUGGUAGACUGCGGGAAGAAUGAAAAGUGUAUCAAUGAUCUCCAUCUUCAAGCUUCAGCAAAUAUAAGCAGCCUCAUCAUUAAAGCAAGCCAGGAAAAGUUCAAUGUGGAAGUUAACAUUACAAACAGCAAAGACAGUGCCUAUAAUACAAAGGUUACAGUGACUUACUCCAAAAAUAUAAACUUUGUCAAUUUUGAGCCUCGAGAAAAGGAUUGUGAACACAAAGUUAAUGUAACAUGUGCUAUAGAAUAUCCAUUCCUGAAAACAGGCAAAAAGGAUUCCUUCAGGAUUCACUUCGAAGUCAAUCGUUUCCAUGUUUUGAAGGAUAUUGAAAUCACUGUAGUUGCAACAAGUGACAGUAAUGAACUAGAAGAAACCCGCCAUGACAACGUCAAGUCCAUUAUCAUCCCUGUGAAAUAUGAGGCCAUCCUGAGUUUUUCAGCUCACAAAUAUAUGGAGGACCACAUCAUUGUCAAAGAAGGAGAGAAGUACCCCAAAGUAUUCAGUAACACCAGCUUAAUUGGGGAUGAAGUUAAAAUAAGCUACACGAUUGUAAAAGAGCCCAACCAGGCAGCUCCACCUCUUGGGUUGCAGGUCACCUUUCCAUAUAAGUCAACAAAUGAGAACAUCUUGUUGUACUUGACAGAUGUAAUGUCUUCCCAGAAUGUUAAAUGUCAUACUGCAUCAGUUAUUAACCCCUUAAACAUCACCCUGGGCAAUCGACAUUCACCUGAACCUCGGAGGGAGACACUGAGUACCUACCUAGUGGACUGCAAGGGUCUAAAUUGUGUCUCCUUCAGCUGCACAAUAGAGCCUGAAUCCUCUAGCCAGAUCAAUGUCACGUUCAGAGUUUGGAAGCCUACCUUUGUUAAAGCAGAGUUCUCUACACUGCAUAUGACUGUCCGCGGCACAUUGGAAAACAAGGACCCGCAUCUCUUUGUGAUGAGCAAGGACAAUGAAGCCAGAGAGGUCAGGAUACAGAUUUCAAAACAGUCCCUCGGAGGAAUACCCAUGUGGAUCAUCAUAGUGAGCAUUCUUAUAGGACUGCUCAUUUUGGCACUGGUUAUUUUUGCACUGUGGAAGGCUGGUUUUUUCAAGAGAAAAACGGUGGAGGAAAUGAAGGAGGACAUGAAGGAUGAGUGACAUGUCCGUGCUGCAGGGGGCUUGUGCUCCAUUAUCCUCAGGUCUGGCUUUAUUUUAGCAGAGCAGGUCCACAGCAUUCCAAUGCCAACACAUACUAUCCGUGUCUCAGUCUAAAUGAACAUUUACUGUAGCAGGUAGUAAAGACUUAGUCCAGGGUUAUAUCAGUGAUGCAAAACAGUAUGUUCAUUUUUUUUCCUUUUACAAAGCAAAGAGCACUGCAAUUUGAUAUGUGAAAUACAGCAUUUUAUUGUAUUUUGAUAUCAGCUGCUGUAUAACCCUUACUUAUACAGUCUAGAUGUAUCAAGUGUGUUAGUUACAGUACAUUGUAUUGUACAGUAUUGAUUCUCAGAUUUCAGCAGAAUUUGUAAUACACUGAUUUUGUCCCCCAGAUGAAUUGUUUAUCAUCAGGAAAAUUAAUGAAAAAUGCUUGAUUGUGUAAUUGUGUAUGUGUAAAAGCAGCAAAUGUUUUACAUACCAUUUAUACAAGUAGCACUGUCAUUUUUUUACAAACCAACGGCAUUCAAUGCAAUUAAAAUGUAAUUCUGAAAAAUAUGUAAAUAUUAAUGGAGUAAUACCAAAGUCUUAAAGUUUAAGUGAUUUUGUGAUUUGUAUCUAUUGUUUGAUUGUUGUGAUUCCAGGCAGAUUGCAGAAAAACUCAUUAUUCAGGUAAACAUAAAAAUGAAAGUGUCAACCAUUCCCUUCAGUAUAUAGUACAUAUGUAUGUAAUGUAUGUGUGUUGAUUUUAUUUAUUAUUGGAUUCAGCCAUUAUUUCAUACACAUCUUUCCAAAGAUUCUGUCAACCUAUUAUUUGAAAUGGCUAGGCCUUUUUCCUGAAAUGUGCAGUGGGCCUAAUGCAAUCAAAUCAUGUCGCAACUUGCAAGAAAGUUUGGGAAACACAUUAUUUAAACAGGCAUUGCAUUUAUUCUUAUACAAUGUUAUGCAUUUUCCAGCAAACUGCCCUGUGAAUUGAAUCUGAGCCUUGUGGCUGUAAUGUUUUAUUAUGAAAUGUGUUAUGAAACAUAUUGAGGACACAGAUAAAAAUGUGCAUUGUAAAAGAAUACUUGAAAAAUUGGCACAUUAUACAAUUGUUAUCACUACUAUUCUCAUUUAUAUGAAAACGUUAAUAAUAGUCGGGCCAUUUAUAAAGUGUGUACUUUCCAUAGACACCUACAAAUUUAGAUGACAUUGAUUCUUUUUUACAGAAAUCACAGCCUGUAAAUAAUAAAUUCUAUAGGUAGAAGGAUACCAUUACUAUCUGAACAAGAAUUGGAAUUGGAGUCAGUGGGAGGUUGGAUGGACAUAGGUAGCUUUUUGAUAUUGGAUUGUACAUUUUUUUCAGAUGGAUUCAGGAGGGGUUGUUAUGACAAUGGCUUUUCCACUUUUUUUUCAUAAUCAUAGAUCUGUUGUUCAUAGUUUUGUGAGCUAUUAAUCCAGAUUCAUCAAAGACAAUACAUAGUGUACAAAUGUGAAUGGGAUCUUGAAAAUGCUUGGGCAGCAUCAAUAUGCAAAGAAUACAUCUGUUUAUUUUAAAUCACUAGUCAUCGUGGAUUAUGGCUACUUUGCUCUUAAAAUUGAUUUUGCUGACAGCUCAAAAUCACAUUCUCUGUCCUAGUCCUGUUGUGCCGAUUUCCUCCUUGUGUUUGUUUUAUUACCCCGAUCAUGCUUUUUUUGUCCACAUAACAGUUUGCACAAACAGUCCUUAUUAACAAUGAAUGUAUUGUAUAUAAGGAGAUAUCAUCAGCUUUUACCUGCCAUUGUUUGAAGAGCAUGUGUAAAAAUGUCUGUAAAAAAAUUGUAAAAUAGGUGUCUCAAACACAGUGAUAAAGGAGACCAAAGUAUAUAAGCAAAGACAACAUUUUAUCAGUCAUCUGCACUGUUGAAUUUUUAUGUAAUGCACUGGUUUUACAUCAUGUAUGUAUUCAUCAGAACAUAAAUAAGCAUUUUUCAUGCUGUCAAAAAAUAAAAGUUUUUUUCUCAA